UAGCAUGCUCCAUCCAACAACACUAUUUUCAAACCAAAUCUUUGUCAAUUGAUAUUUUGACAAAUUCAUUCCAUUUUAAAAUAUCCCUCAUAAAUACACAAAUUAGAAUUCUACUCUCAAAAAAUGAGCGGACGAAAUGUCUUCCCUCCUCCGCGGCGGCAGCCGCAGGCGGCUCUCCGUAGCUCUCAAUCCUUCGACUCUGCGCCGGCUUUCGUCUACAUUAACGCGCAUUUCUGAGGCAGAGAAGGAUUAUGCUACGGUUCAGAGAAAACCCACCUCCGUUCACCCAUCCGCGAUUGUCCACCCCAGUGCCACCAUGGGCGAGGGUGUGACAGUUGGUCCUUUCUGUACCGUUGGAGCUUCUGCGAAGUUGGGGAAUGGUUGCCACUUGUACGCCGGGAGCCACAUCUUCGGAAACACUAUUCUUGGAAAGAAUUGUACUUUGAUGACUGGUGCUGUGGUUGGAGAUGAUCUUCCUGGUCAAACCGUAAUUGGAGAUAACAAUGUAGUAGGACACCAUGCUGUUGUUGGGGUUAAGUGCCAGGAUUUGAAAUAUGAGAUGGGGAGUGAAUGCUUCCUUGAGGUCGGUGACAACAACGAGAUCAGGGAGCAUGCAUCCAUCCAUCGAUCUUCAAAGCCCAACGAUAAAACGGUCAUUGGUGAUAACAAUCUUAUUAUGGGCUCUUGUCAUAUAGCUCAUGACUGCAAAGUGGGCAAAAACAACAUUUUGGCAAAUAAUACACUUCUUGCUGGGCAUGUUGUGGUUGAGGACUAUACCCACACUGCAGGAGCUACCGUGAUUCAUCAGUUCUGUCAUAUCGGUUCUUUUUCCUUCAUCGGUGGUGGUUCAGUGGUUUCCCAAGAUGUUCCAAAGUACAUGAUGGUGUCAGGUGAAAGGGCCGAGCUGCGUGGAUUAAACCUUGAAGGCCUGCGUCGCCGUGGAUUCUCAGCCUCUGAGAUCAGGAGUCUCCGAUUUGCUUAUAGAAAGAUAUUCAUGGCAAGCGAAGCAGAUUCCGGGGGGUUUGAAGAUCGACUAGCUAAAGUGGAGCAGCAUGAGGAAUUGAUGCUGGUACCGGCUGUCUCUUCAAUGGUGCAAUCUAUACGCGAUUCUUUCGCGGAGACUCGUCGUGGAAUUUGCAAGUUCAGAACUUUGAAUGAAACUCGAUCGAAAUUGGUUGGAACUGCCAAUUCUACCCCCAUUUCAAUUGCUACUUAGGCCCUUUGUCUCUACUUGCAGAUUGUGUGCAUAAUUAUUAGAAGAGUAAUUGAAACCAUCAACUACACCAUUCAUUCACAUGAUGUGUUUUCCACGACCAAAAUGGGCACAACCAUGUGAAUGGAACGACGAAUAGUUGGAUAUUAUGUAUGGUAUACUAUCAUUUACACAAAAGGCAGUGCAGUUCAAAGACAUUGCGUUCUACUAAACAACUAGUUAGUAAAAGCUUUAUGGGAUUACAAAUGAAAUCCUAGAUACGCCCGCGUCACCGCCACCGUCUGUCCAACUCAGCACGACACGCACACGUGCGCGCUGCAAGCCUCGGGAACUGGGCGUUUAGGAGAAUUGUCUCGACAUCUCGAUUCCAUUCUCUGGGUUCAAGGAUGACGGCGUUAUUAUUUUUGGACCAAACUUCUAUUGUUUGUAAUACGUUAUUGUUCAAAUUAGUUCCAUU